AUGGUGUAUAUCCGAAAUCGCAUAUUUGAAGGUUACCAUAGCGCGGUCAUACCAACGGACCGCCCCUCGUCAUAUUCGUGGGGUAUGACUAAGCGGCCGGCCAGCGUCGCCGCCUACCACCGGACCGCAAGCUCACAGCUCCCGCCGCCUCAACGCAACAUCUCACCAACAAUCACAACCACAACCACAACCACAACCGUUGAUCCCUCACCCGCCCCAUCUCUGUCAACUACCCCGCAAAUAGUCUCCUCUGGAACCGCGAACACCUCCACUGCCAUGGCUGAAAAAGAGCUGCAGGAUGUCCUCAAACAACUCCACCAAUCACUCCAGGCUCAUAAAUACCAGCAGUCGACCUCGCUUCUCUCACGAGCCAAAGUGGCCCUCCUACAUCUCAAUGCCCUUAUACCCAGCUCAAAUGUACCCCGCAAGCACCUUCUCCUCGCACGCGAGACACUCGAAAUCGGCGCCAUAGUCUCGAUUCGCUUAAAGGAUCAGGUGUCCUUCACUCGUUACUUCCAGCAGCUGCAGCCAUUCUACGCCAUACCCGAAUUACAAAAAGACGGCGGAAAUUCAAGCAAGAUCACAGGGCUCUACCUGUUGCUACUGUUGAGUGAUGGUGAUUAUGCGGGUUUCCAUACUUUGCUGGAAACGCUCGAGGUAGCGGCUGCGCAAACCGGGAAGGGCCUCGAAGAAGACGCGUUCAUUCAAUACCCAAUUCGGUUGGAACGGGCAUUGAUGGAGGGGAGCUACGACAGGGUUUGGGGCGAAACCAAGAGCGAGAGGGUUCCUAGUGAGGAGUUUGGACUUUUCUCAGAGGUUCUCAUUGGCACGAUUCGAAAAGAAAUUGCGUCAUGCAGUGAGAAAGCGUAUCCCUCCAUUCCCGUCUCCGACGCCAAGUCACUUCUUUUUCUGGAUUCAGAAGGCAGCGUGGUCAAGUUCGCGCAAGAGUGUGGUUGGGUGGUCAAGGAUGGGAGGAUAUAUUUCCCCGCUCAAGACGACGAAUAUUCAAGCAAGGAUAUUCUAGUCACCAGCGAUCAGGUGAUUGAGAAUACCCUAGGCUAUGCGAGGGAGUUGGAGACGAUUGUCUGA